AUGGUAUAUGCCUUUGAUACAGAAAACUUUACAUGGUGUAUUCCUAAUAUUAGCGGAAUGAUGCCUGCUAGUCGUCAACAAUUUCAAGCUGUUAAUGACACUAUUAAUUAUAUUUUUGAUAAUUUGAAAUUUCUUAGGUUUGGGGGAUUUAUGAGUCAUAGUCCUGGUGAUGCACUUAAUGACAUUUAUAUUCUUGAUACAUUAAAAUUUACUUGGACACAAGGCUCUAAUGUUAAUGCGCCAACUUCACGUGGUGACUUUACAGCUACACUAAUAAAUAAUGGCCUUAUACUUUAUUUAGGAGGUGACAAUAUUAAUAUAUUCAAGAUUACUGGUGGUGAUGAAAUAAGUCCUAGAAUCUUCCACUCUGCUGUAUUAUCGCCAGAUGGGCAUGUUAUACUCUAUGGUGGAAAGGGUCCUACAGAUCAAAAUGAAUUGUUAGCUUCAUUAGACACGACUGUUAACCCGUAUAAAUGGUCAGCUAAACCUAUGAUCGAAAAAAAAACCAAUUAA